AUGUCACUGCGAGGCAGACGAAUAGAUUCGGAUAAGGAGAACACAACUUUCGCGAAGCAAGGGCUGAGAAAAGGGAGGAAGGCUAGGGAGAUGACGGGUAAGGGUUGGGAUCGCUAACUUGCACAAUCUUGACUACUCCGCAAUGAAUAGUACUGACUUCCGUUUCUACCUCAGAUAUGCCUACACCGCUAUCUACCCCGGAUCGGUGGGGGAGCGGGAAUUCUCGGAGGGAGGGGGAUUGUGCGCUUGGUGGGGAGGUCCAGGGUACUGGUAGUCUGCGCUCGUCACCGCCGGUGGAGAGGGGGGAAGAGAUAGUGGUGGGAGAUGACCAUGAUGAUGAGCAGGAGGAACCCGUGUUGGAAGAUGCGCUGCUGGAUUCGGGGUAUAGGGUGCUCUCGGUUCUUGGUCGCGGGAACUUUUCGACGACAUAUCUGGCCGAACGUGUUUUGAAGCACCUAGAUGCGUCGGACAGCUCUACACUCGUAGCCAUCAAACGGCUGAAGCGGCCGUUCGGGGCGAUCGGCGAGAACGAGUACUCGCUACUACAAUACCUCUAUUCGAAGGGCCAGCAUCCCCGCCAUAUCAUCUCUCCGAUAUCCUGCUUCCUCGCAGACAGCGGCCACUUUCACCUGGUCCUCGAGCGAUUAGAUUCUGGGCGUCCGGUUGCACUAGUAGAAUGUUUUUGCACAGAGGCUCAUUCGAAGCUUGCAUGCCCCGCCAGACACCUUUCCCUCGCAAAGAUAAUAUUACAACUUCUAUCUGGGUUGUUAUCGCUUCACUCUCACAAUCUCAUACAUGCGGAUCUCACACCCGCGAACAUGCUUUUUCUACCAUCCUCAAAUAGAAUUAAACUUAUCGACCUGGGGAACACUAUUCGCCCUGAAGACCGAGAAGCCUAUCUAGACGACUUUGGCGUCCAAAGUGUAUGCUACCGUGCUCCGGAAAUUCUCCUGGGACAUGGGCCCCUGAGCCGUGUUAUGGACGUUUGGAGCGCAGGCGUGAUCGCGGUGGAGUUAUUACUUGACGGUGAGGUUGUCGGGGAGGGCCUACCGGAAGUCGAAUUGGUUAGGAGCCAUAUGGAAGAUCGCGAGGGCAUGGUUCGCCGGGUCAUUGAGCUGGUGGGGAGUGUAACGGAGUAUCGGUAUGGGAUGUAUUACAUGGAUGCAUACGACGAGGCUUCGCUCGAGUCGGUUCCGUUUCCACCGAAAAAGAAGCGACGAAAGACCGCAGAGAGAUGGUACGUUGCAAGGACUACUAAGCCGGAGGAAAAUACACCCAAGGAGGUCCCUCGACGACGACCCAGAAAGGGCAUUCUGAGAUCUUCGUUGACGGAGAGAACUGGUGAAGCAGAAAUUGUUGAGUUCUUGAUGGAAAUGAUGGAGGUGAGUGUGCAUAAGAGGAAGACUGUUAAAGAAUUGAUGAGGCAUCCAUGGUUGAUAGAGAAACUACUCGGCGACUGGGGCGGUGUGUUGAUGCACACAGCCGAUUGGGACGAUGGACGGUCUGAUGAGGAGUUGGGUGACGGUGGAUUGGGUGAAGUGGAUGAGGGGGAAUUGAAUGAGGAUGACUUUGAUCUGACGGAAGAGACGACCUUGGUCAACGAUGAGGAGGCGCAAGAUCAACUUGAGAAUUCGGAGGGUGCAUCGUUACUUGUCAAUGGAAAUGAAAAUUUAUUGGAGGGAGCAUCUGCCACUAUUAAAGAGAGUAUUCUAGAGACAAAAGAGGAUCCUCGGGCUAGCCCACCGGGGCAGGCGAGGCCUCCCAUUCCGCAGCCGGAAGCCCGACCUCAAUUAGAAUCCCAAUCACCACUGCUACCGCAAGAAGAUUCAUCGUCCCAGCCAGGCAUGACCUCUACGGAUCCACCCCAUCAAAGGGCUCUACACAGCCCGCCGCCACGAAGAAUAAAGAACGAGAAUCUGUCAGAAACCCCCGAGAUUCUAACAGAACCUGCUCCACCCCCACCUACAGACGACGCUCCAGUUGUCAAACCCGAGCCUCAAAGUCAAGAGCCUGAAGUUCCCCCAAUGCCUCAAAAUCCGUACCCUCGACAUCUCGACAUAGAUCAACAGUUAACACCUAUUAAAACCGAACCAGUAGACCCUGGUAUAACCCCUUUGUCCUUCCUUUCACCAUCUCCCGACCCAUCACCGCUUUCAUCUGUUGUCACCUCACCUCCCUCCCCCACUCCCCCAAUACCAGCAGUUUUGAUAUCAGGAAGAACGAGCGAUAUAUGGCACAGAGACUUGGCGGCAGAUAUGGUACUUCUCCUUGGCCCUUUCUCGUGUAUUGUCGUCUUACUAACAUUUCGUCCACAAACAGGAUGAAGCCUCUGAAGGUGACGACGACCAAGUCAUGCUUUUGUAACUUUAGCUCUAUCUUUCGAUUAUGCUAUGUUUGUGUUUUGCAUUAUAGAUUUAAUAUUCGGCGCGGGCUAUUCUGGGAUUGUUUUUUCUUCUGUUAUUCCCUUCGGUGCGGAGUCUGGUGUUUUCCUUCACUGUUUGGAGUGCUUAUUAUGGUUCUUUGUGGG